AUGGUACAGCGGAUGGUAAUAAGAGCAGAUCGCAGGCAUGGCAACGAAAAUUGGAGGGAUCGACGAAGGAGGGCGACGAUAGAAGGUGGGUUUCAGGAAGCUCUUGCAAGUGAGGUCGUCAGUUGGUGUCGCGUGCUUGGGAGCGCCCACGCGGUUGCUGCCCGCCCGCUGAUUGGCUGGCGGCAGCUGGCCGGACGAAGCACGAGACCGCUUGCCCUCCGCCAACUCGUCGACGCUCUCGCUGCUCGUGCCCCGGUGCAUCAUUCUCAUGGGUCGGCUGUCCGGCGUCCCUUGCUUGAACCUCUCGUCGCUUGCGGGGGUGGUAUCGCUCCUGUUGCCGCCAUGGGUGAAAACGGAGAGAUCCAGAGCAUGCUGGCGAGCAUCCUUCACUGA